CCACCUCCCGCUCGAGGUGGGGACGGAGGCGGAGCGGAUCGCCCUGGGGCAGGACGUGUCCUCCCGAAAUGACCUGCCUGUAUCCUCUUGGGUAGAGUGCAUUUUAAGAGAGAUUCUUGGGUCCACGGGUAAGGUAGGAUACCUGUCCCGGUUAGGUAUGAUUCUGCCCUCCACCCCUCCCUCCAGCCCCUCAGUGUAAAACGGCAGAUGGUCUAGUCCAGCGAAGACACUCGCCCCUCGCCGCCCCGGAGUCGCCUGGUGAGAGGAGGGCGGACCUCGCACGCAUGCGCAAAGGCUCAGCAUGGGGGCGGGAGUAGCUGAACCUCUUCCCCGCGUCUGUGGUCAUUACUAGGAAGAACUGGGUAUAAAAAUGAACACAAUGUAUGUGAUGAUGGCUCAAAUCUUAAGAUCGCAUCUGAUAAAUGCUGCAAUGAUUCCUAAUCGAGUGAAAAUGCUUCCAUAUCUUGGUGUAAUUAGAAAUAGGAUGAUGUCAACUCAUAAAUCCAAAAAAAAGAUGAGAGAAUAUUAUAGGCUGCUGAAUCUGGAUGAAGGAUGUUCUGCAGAUGAUGUCAGGGAAUCUUAUCGUAAGCUUGCCAAGCAGUACCAUCCCGAUGGUGGUUCUACUACUGCCGAUUCUGCAACAUUUAUAAAGAUCGAAGAAGCUUAUAGGAAGGUGCUUUCCCAUGUGAUAGAACAAACAAAAAGACAGAAUAAAGUUAAAGUAGCAGAAGAAGAAGAGGAAGAAAAAUUCAAAUAUAAAACACCCCAACACCGGCAUUAUUUAAGUUUCGAAGGUAUUGGUUUUGGAACUCCAAGUCAACGAGAGAAACAAUAUAGGCAAUUUAGAGCAGAUCGUGCCACUGAGCAAGUGAUGGAAUAUCAAAAGCAGAAGCUACAAAGCCAGUAUUUCGCUAAUAGUUUAACUGUUAAAGAUGUAAGACAGAGUAAAGAACAAAAAAUAACUCAAGCAAUAGAGCGUUUAGUGGAGGAUCUCAUUCAGGAAUCAAUGGCAAAAGGAGACUUUGACAAUCUCAGUGGGAAAGGAAAACCUCUACAAAAAUUUUCUGGCUGCUCAUAUAUUGAUCCCAUGACCCACAACCUGAACAGAAUCUUGAUAGAUAAUGGAUACCAACCAGAAUGGAUCCUAAUGCAAAAGGAAAUAAAGGAUACUAUUGAUGAACUCAGAGAGGCAAUUUUAGAGUCGAGGAAAAAACUUGGGAAUCCAAUGACACCAACUGAGCAGAAACAAUGGAGCCAAGUUUGUGAGCAGUUUCAAGAAAACAUCAGAAAACUAAACAAGCGAAUUAACGAUUUUAAUUUAAUUGUUCCCCUCCUGACCAGGCAAAAAGUCCAUUUUGAUGCCCAGAAAGAAAUUGCUAAAGUCCAGGAAAUAUAUGAGACCCUUAUAAAAACAAAAGAAGUCACAGAUAAAAUCCCAAGUAACAUUGAUCAGGAAGAAGGGGAGAAAACCCCUAGAGUCAAGACAGGUUUUUUCAACUGGAUGAAUAUGUGGAAAUUUAUUAAAAUAUGACCACUUCCAUGUCCACAAUACUGCCACAGAUCAUUUUCAGUUGUACUGACAUCAAACAUAGAGGUUGAGAUUUAUGGCUAUAAAACAGGAGUUUGAGAAUUGUGUGCCUGGGUACUUUUCACCAAACUAAUUACAUCUGCAGUGAUGUAUAAAUGAGAAAACUAUACAAAACUGUCAGAGAAAUGUUCAACCAGCUUUGCUCUGGGAAUAUAGCAAGAAAAGAAGAGAACUUGUAAGAAAACAAGUUAAUCCAUUUCAGAGUUCAACUGUCAGUCAUCGGUAAAAUGAGUUAGGACAGGGACUUGGACUGGGGAUCAUAAAGAGUAUUCCAAAAGUGCAGUUUUAAAUUCUGAUAACUUAAAAACAGCUGCUGUUUGCCACAUUCAAACACAGGUACUUAGCAACAAUAACAAAAAAACUAAAAAUAUGUUAUCGAAAGUCACAAAGCUAAACAAGUAUGGAAUAUAAGCAAGUAAACCUCCAAAUGAUGUAUGUUUUUUUGCAGGUUUGCUGCAUUUAUAUACUUGAGGUUUUAUUAAAGCUCAAAACUGUUCCAAGACUUUUGGGAUACUCUAUAUGGGUGGAAAUGGUAAGAUGAGGAAAUUAGCCUAAUGGAGUUACUCUUAUUUUUUUGUAAAGGCCUUCUGUGUGGGCACUGGAUUAAAAAAAAAAAAAUCUGGGUUGUACUUUUUCCUGCCUAACUUCAUGAUCCAUUGGCUGCAGAAAUCAAUCAGCCAAGCUAGUUGAUUUAGCUAUUCUAGAAAUAGACUCCAGUGUCCACUUUUAAAGACUUUUGAGUGUAUUUUUAGAUCAUUCAGAGGUGAAAAAAAAAAUCCUUGGGCUCAAUGGAAACUUAAGAUUUCAUUUCUGGCGUCAUAUCUAACCAGAGAUUGAAAUGUUAUGUUUACAUGAGUCUACCUGAAGUCUCUCUCUGUGUCAUGUAUGGGACUCCCCAGAGUCCCAUAUGAAAAUCUCAAUUUCUGUCACAGAGAUCCUUUAAUAAAGACAAGAUAUCUGACUUUUGUGCCAAUUUUCACCUUUGGAAAAUGACAAGAGAUUGACAUUCAUGAGAUUGCUGUCUCCCAUCCACUUUCAGAAAAUCUGACUUUUAGGUUUGUGUAAUUGCUUUAGCCACAGAAUUAGGCAACUAGAAGGAUAUGGAGAGUGGUCAAAUGGAGCAGGUCAGUUCUUUAUUUAAUUCAAAGCACUGUAUUAUAUUAUAGAUGUGGUUCAGAAGCAUAGCACGUGCCACUCUGGUUUUGGAAAAACAGCUAUUUUGUAAAUUAUGGGGUAGUCAAAACAAAACUACAUCUUCAAAAGGAAAUUUCAGGCCUUUUUGCUUAGAUGAUGGGACAUUCAUUGGUAUAAAAUGUGAUUAUUUUCUUGAAUGAGUUAUCAUUUGGCCUCUAUAAUGAUAGUAUUACUCUAAACAAAAUUGUGAACAGUAUGAAUAUAGCUUUAUAAUGAGAGCUAAGUUCCAAAAUAUUUUAGAAGGCCAUGAUUCUGUCAAUCUUGUUAAAAAUGGGAAUUCGAUGUGUGUUACCUAAUUCCAUUACAGCAACAUUUGUAAAGGAAAUCGUAUUCAAUAUUGGGUAAUGGAUGGGAAGGCAAAGUUACCAGAAAACUCUAGUAAAUCCUUAAUUUCAGCACAGGACACUUUAUGUUUGUAAAUGUCUGUAGUAAUAAAGUUAAUAAAGUUAAUUUUAAUUAUUAUUCAA